UCUUCGCCGUUCUGCGGCAGGCACGUUAGUUUCUCUUUUAAAGUCUUCUUUUUUCUUUUUUUUCUUUUUUUUUUUUUUUUUUAAGUACCAAAAACCUCAGGAUUCUUGGCUCUUAGCUCUGACAGUAAGAUGAGUGAGUGAGUGGGUGCGUAAUUCUGGUUUGGCAUGAAAAAUUGUACCGGUUGGUUCCUGAUGUGAAACAGUACAUAAAAAACAAGACAAAAGCCAGUUGGAAAAAUUUUUGUCUGGGUAAAACUUGAGUUGGAGAUUGGUUGGUAUUCAAGUUUUGCAAACCAUUUCUACCAUCUUCAUUGGAAAUAAGAUUUUUUUUUUUGCAUCUGGAAAGCUCUUCUCUUUUUUCUCUACAAUGGAAAUAAUAAAGAGAGAACUUGCUGUUCUUUGCUUUGUGGGAUUUUUCUUGGUAUUAACUUCUGCAGCUGAUGUUCUUUCUCCAAAAGGUGUCAAUUAUGAAGUUCUAGCUUUGAUGAGCAUUAAAAACUCCUUUAAUGAUCCUCAUAAAGUUCUUGAGAAAUGGGAUGAGACUGCUGUUGAUCCCUGCAGUUGGACUAUGGUUACUUGUUCUCCUGAUGGUCAUGUGAUUAGCUUAGGAACUCCAAGCCAAAACUUAUCUGGUAUCCUAUCUCCAAGCAUAGGCAACUUGACAUAUCUCCAGAGUGUGCUUUUACAGAAUAACAAUAUAACAGGAUCAAUUCCCUCUGAGAUUGGGAGGCUCCAAAAGCUUCAUACUCUUGACCUUUCUAACAACUUCUUCACUGGUGAAAUUCCUAAUACAGUUCCCCACCUGAAAAACCUCCAUUAUCUGAGGCUGGACAGUAACCGUCUCAGUGGAGCAAUUCCUCCAUCUUUUUCUAACAUGACCCAGCUUACCUUUCUUGAUCUCUCCUACAACAAUUUGAGUGGUCCAGUACCUCUCUUGCCUGCUAAGACAUUCAACAUUGUGGGAAAUCCUCUGAUAUGCACGACUGGAAUGCAGUGCUUUGGAACAAUACCGAUGCCGAUUUCUUCUUCCUUGCAUAAUUCACAAAAUUCUCAACCUGCUGAGGGACAAAGAAGGCACAAAAUAGCCUUAGCGUUUGCUUCAAGCCUAGGGUGUCUCUGCCUGCUAAUUCUUGGGUUUGGUUUCCUUCUCUGGUGGAGGCACAGACACAACAAGCAGAUAUUCUUCGAUGUUAACGAACAUCAUCAUGAAGAAGUUUGCCUUGGAAACCUGAAGAAAUUCCAGUUCAGAGAACUUCAGAUUGCAACAAACAACUUCAGCAGCAAAAACUUGAUUGGAAAGGGUGGAUUUGGAAAUGUCUACAAAGGUUGUCUUCGAGAUGGUUCGGUAGUAGCAAUUAAAAGGCUAAAAGAUGGAAAUGCCAUUGGUGGUGAAAUUCAAUUCCAGACUGAAGUUGAGAUGAUUAGCCUAGCAGUUCAUCGGAACCUUCUCCGGCUUUAUGGUUUCUGUAUGACAACCAAUGAGAGGCUCUUAGUUUAUCCCUACAUGUCCAAUGGAAGUGUUGCUACCCGUCUCAAAGCCAAACCAGUCCUUGAUUGGGGUACCAGAAAAAGAAUUGCCUUGGGAGCUGGAAGAGGUUUACUAUACUUGCAUGAACAGUGUGAUCCCAAGAUAAUUCACAGAGAUGUUAAGGCUGCAAAUAUAUUGCUUGACGACUACUGUGAGGCGGUGGUGGGAGAUUUUGGGCUGGCAAAGCUAUUAGAUCACCAUGAUUCACAUGUCACAACCGCGGUGAGGGGUACCGUGGGGCAUAUAGCUCCAGAAUACCUCUCUACAGGACAGUCCUCAGAGAAAACAGAUGUUUUCGGGUUCGGUAUCCUUCUACUUGAAUUGAUAUCUGGACAAAGAGCUUUAGAUUUUGGGAAAGCUGCAAGCCAAAGAGGAGCUAUGCUUGAUUGGGUAAAGAAAAUUCAGCAGGAGAAGAAGUUUGAAUUGUUAGUUGACAAGGACCUAAAGAACAACUAUGACAGGAUUGAGCUUGAAGAGAUUAUUCAAGUGGCUCUGUUGUGCACUCAAUACCUACCAAGUCACAGACCAAAAAUGUCGGAAGUUGUUCGGAUGCUCGAAGGAGAUGGCCUUGCAGAGAAAUGGGAAGCUUCUCAGAGAGCUGAGUCAACCAGGUGUAGAGCUAAUGAUUUCUCUUCUUCAGAGAGAUAUUCUGAUCUUACUGAUGACUCUUCAUUGCUUGUACAAGCAAUGGAGCUAUCUGGACCAAGGUAAUGUAGUCCUCAAAAUGAGGAGGAGCUAAAAAAAAGUUGAAAAAUAACAAAUGAAUCUGAAAAAUAGAUUAUGAUACCAAGCAAAAAAAAAAAAAAAAAAUUACCAGUGGAAAAGAGUUUGUUGUAUAUUAGUGAUAUCAAAUAUUGGAGGUAAAAGGUGGUGUGUUCAUUUCUCACUGCACAGAAAUCUGAUAUUUGGGAAACUGACAUUUAGAUUGUGAGUGUUAGAUGCAGAUUCCCACUUGAGUGUAAGUGUUUAAUUACUUGGCAACGUCCUAAAGAGGUUUUGAGGGUUGUAUGAAUAAUAUUCUGAUUUUCUGGGGUUUGAAUUUUGUUUUGUA